UUAUUCCACUCUCAUAUGCACACACAGAGAGAGAGGGAGAUAGACAGCCCUACCACAGACAGGACCUGUUAUAUAAUCUCCAUUCAUACACACCUCUUUAACCACUUACAGCUUUUAUUUAUUUUUUCCGCGACCGAAAGUCCACUUCGGUUUUUGUGUGAAGCUCCAAAAAUCUAUGAAAUGUGUUUGCAUGUUCUUCUUCGGGAGCGAGGAUGUGGAGGUGGGAUAGAGAGACGCGAGAGGUUGGAGGAGCCCACGCGCUCGCUUUCGGACAAAGUGCGUUCUGCGCGUCUCUGCCGGUGUUUGCUGUUAACUGAAGGAAACAGCGAGAAGAUUUCUGUUUGGAAUUAUCAGGCCUUUGCAGACGGAUCAGUAAGAUGUUCAUGAGACAAAAAUAGUGUGGACCACAUCUCAAGCGGGUUGAUUCUCCAGCUGUGUACACAUAAAUUUUGUCUUGGCUUCAAUCAGACGAGGAGCAUUGCAACUCUCCCCCCCCCCCCUUCAUUCACACCCCUCUCAUCUCCCUCUCCCUCUCCCUCACGCUGUGGCCCAUGUCUGCCGGCGGAGGGUCCAUGGAGGGAAGCCGAGCCAUAGAGGACGAGGAGGCGCAGGACAGCUGCUGUGGGGACGAAGAGUCGUCUCCGGUGGUUGAACGAAGAAACCGCAGUGGUAUCAUCAGUGCUCCACUUAGUAAGAGUCUGAAACGAUCACGAGCUCUCUCGCAGUACAUCGCAACCUGUUCGGCUGCAGCCGUCGCUAGUGUUGCAAAUGCUAACAGACUUGCUCAGAGCUCCAUGGUGGCAUCGGGUGUCAAAGCUCACCCUACACCCGGACAGCACAGAGCACAGGUUGGGUAUGCCAAACUGGACCGGGGUGCUCUACUGUCUGGUCUACUGGAUUCUCCAAGUGGCCUUCAUCUUGCCCAGGCCGCUGAGCUUCUGCGCCGGGCGGGCAUGCUACUUCCUGUAAGUGACCCGUCCAAUGGCAGUGUGGGCGGAGACAUGGAGACAGUGUCCGCUACUGAUUCGCUGGGCAGUGUGAUGGACUUCCCAUUGCUUGGCAACGGCGGACUAGGUGGCAGCUUUCCAUAUCACCCUGGGCUCUUCAUCAUGACGCCAGCGGGUGUGUUCCUUGCCGACGGAGCGCUUUCUCAAGUGACGAGUGCGUCAGAACACCAGCAGACACAGAAUGAGAUUUCGUCGGCCAUCAGCGCCAACGGAAAAAAGAAACGGAAGCGCUGCGGCUUGUGUCCACCUUGCCGGCGCAGAAUUAACUGCGAACAAUGCAGCAGUUGCCGCAACCGGAAAACUGGCCAUCAGAUCUGCAAGUUCCGCAAGUGUGAAGAGCUUAAAAAGAAACCUGCAGGUGGGCUGGAGAAGGUGAUGCUGCCGACUGGAGCUCCAUUCCGUUGGUUUCCAUAAGGCAGCUGGACACUCCCCCUGACAUCCAUCCCAUCGUGAAGGACUAGCAAUGCCAUGCCCACUCGGACUGCCGUGGACUCGUAAACACUGGGUGUAUUCAAACAAAUAAAAUAAACGAGAAGCGGAAUGAAAGCACUAUAUGAGAAUGAACAUGUCUUGAACCAAAAAUAAACAGUGAAUGGCGGACUGUCACUCAAUUUUUUUGUUCUCUGUUCCAUUUCGGAACCGGAGUUCUUCUUUGGAAUCUUGCCCUUUAUUAGAUGCUCUGGAACUAUUUGCCGCCAAAUUGAAAAUGGACAAUCAUUUUUAUUUGUGUGUUUAGUGGUUUUGUUCGUCCAUGUGUGGAGAAAUGCCGUAAUUUCGUUUAGAGAAUGUAAUCCCAAGGCUCUGUUUUAAAGCUUGUGAUAAUUAAGGAGCACUAUUGUAAUUUAGCACAGUGGUUCUUAAUAACUGCCUCAAUGUUAUGAUUGCCUUUUUAUGUUAAGGAUUUUUUAUUUUUAUUUGUCAUACAGUUUUUGAAUUGCUCAAUAUUUGAUAUGAAGACAACCAUGAUUACAUGCACACACACACACACACACACACACAAAACACUCAAAUGUAGCAUCUCUCAUUCAAAAACGUUUGAAAGGUCCUUCUGGGGUUGCUGUUUUGGUUGUUAGUUUAAAUGUACAACAAGCUGAACCUUUUAUUUCAUUCUGCACUGAGGUCUGCUGGGAUUAGGAGGAGGAUGAAGCCAAUGGAACUGAAUAAUUAGGGUGUACUUGUGUCCCAGCUCUUUGUAGGGCCUGCCACAUUUUUGUGUAGUCUUAUGGGAUGGGUCAAAAUGAACCACGCAGUCCAUAGCAGACCAGGAUGCCCACAAUUCAAGAAAGUAUUAAUGCAUUAUAAUAAUAUUUCUAUGAUUAGGAUGUUUUAUUGCUGCAUUACCCCAAUGAAGGUUGAACCAGAGGCCUGAAAUGUUCCCAAAUUCCUUUAGGGCCCUUUCAAAUGAUUCGUGUCAAUGUUCCACAAUUCAUCAAACUCUGCAUGUAGCAAACCGUCAAGCUACAGUGUUACACACCGUGUUCUGUGCUGGUCAAACAUAACAAAAUGCUCCAAGUUGAAACAAUAUUUACUUUGAUCUCAUUUGCCAAUACUCUUUUGCAGCACAGCCAAUGAUUAUCAGAUAAUUUUGAAAAAUGCAAUGAAAAAGUACCGCUUUCUUGCUACCUAGUAAGGUUUGUUAGCAUUAACAACAACUAUUAAGAUGAAAACUAGAAGUGUAAGAAUCACUUGUCUAAUUUUUUUUAUGCUGGAGUUGUUUCAUCAUAUGCAAAGACAACUAAUGCUGAAACAACAUGAUCACUCUGGAAAUCAACAUGUUGCUUCCAAAUGUUCAUUUACCUUGAAAUUUUCCCCAUUCUUCUGGAUUACUGACAAGCGGCAUCCCCAAUCAUAGAUUUUGGCAUCAAUUCAGAUGUGAUUACAUUUCCCUCCGGCUCGAGAUAUGGGUUCUAGUCCCAUAGAAACCAAGAAGUAAUCACAUUCACAUAAACAAUGAUGAACGGGAUUUGGAGGUUACAUUUUGUAAAUUAAAAUGUUUACUCCACUGACGGUUAUGUUUAGGGUUGGGGGUUUGGGGGUAGAGUUAAUAAAAUAUGUAUCCCUGUUUUCUGUAACUUGCUUUUGGGGUCACACAGUGAACAUUUCACCUAGAAACUGGAGCUCACACAUGCCCAUAUGUUUAACGCUUCCAUUUUCGGCCUCUCAGGGCAGUGAUUAGAAUUUCGGUAAGCACAGACCGAUUUCAGCAGCUCAACUUUUGACCCCGUGUACACCUAGUAUUUAAGAAGCUUCUCGGGUGAUCCAAUCAUAUCUGGUCAGGCGAGACACAUUGCUGUUUACACCUGGUCACUUUAAUGCAUCUUCUGUGACCACCUGUCUUCGGAUUUGGAGAGGGGGAUCUCUGUUUCAUGACGACAUACAUCAAACAUUAUGUCAGGGUGUGACUGCAUGACAUUAAAGCGCAACAAAGUCAGAAAAGACAAAGAAAGCAAAAAAAAAAAAAAAAACCCAAACAAAAAAAAUUGCUGUUUCUCCCAGAUGUAGCUGAAAUUUAAUCUAAGCACAAACGCAACAUUACAUGCAGAAUUAUCCAUUAUGUUAGUGAUUUACUUGUAUUAAAGGACCUUCAGAUGUGUGUGCUUGUCAUCUGUGAACCCCCUACAUGUUGAUUUCAGACAUGCUAAAGAAGAUCCGUGAAGUUCUCGUGCUUGUGUAUGUAUUCACUUUUUUUAAGUUUCCAAUCGGCCAUUUUUUUCCUUUUAAAGCUGCUCGGAACCGGCAAAGUUUACACUCGUUUUGGCGUAGUGGUUAAAUGACGUGAGGGGUAAUGCUUCGCUGCUGUCUGGGACGCAUAGAGGAUGGAUUAGCGUUUACACCUCAAAUGCGAUGUGGUCACAUGCAUUUUUGACCCCGUUUAGACCUAUAUUUAGCACUGACCACAUGUGAUUGGAUUACCCGAAACGCAUCUUAAUACCAGGUAUAAACAGGGUCUAUGUAGUACUGUUGCCAAAUUCACAGUGUGAUCAGUAAAUAAAAACUAUUUAUGAGCAAAAGCUGAAUGAAGUCAAAUAAAAACUAAAUAAAAAAAAAAACUAGUGAUUUUUCAAAACUACUGUAACCCUGCUACCAAGCAAAUUUGCAAUGCUUUACAUGUGGAGGUCAGUGCGGUGCAUGACGCUUGUGUUGAAAGGCAGAUUGAAGCCUUGACACGAGUCAAGUGAAAGGGACUUUAGGCCAUCCAUUUUAGCGAAGUAACAUUUUUGUCGGCUGUAAUUGUCAUUCUGUGUUUUUUUCUGCUGAACAGGUCUGCCCCAGCUCAAAUACUUUAUAUUGAUUCCAAGACCUUGUGAAAUGCACAAGACAAACUCCAACAGCAGACCAAUGCCAUGCUAAAUGGGGGCCAAAUUUAUUGGUCUGCAUAAAUUAAUGCAUGUAUUUGUGUCCAAAGCCAACCAUUCUGAGGUCUUGGCAAUCCUCAAUUUAAUAAACAAAGGUGCAAACCAAACA